AUGGCGGAAACAUACAACACCGACGUCGUUAUGGACGACGGCACCGUGAUCCGCACCACCGUGACGUCCUCGUCCCUCGACGUCCAGCGCUUCAUCGAGAAGGUGCAGGGGUCCCCGAUCCGCGUCGCCGGCCUCGACGCCGAGUGGCGCCCCACCCGCACUAGGCGCGCCGAGCAGUACCCAAUCGCCGUCCUCCAGCUCUGCGUCGACCGCCGCUGCCUCGUGUACCAGAUCAUCCACGGCACCGGCAUCCCCAUCUCGCUGUGCAGCUUCCUCUACCUCUCCGGCUUCACCUUCGUCGGCGUCGGGAUCGCCGACGACGCGAAACGCCUGCGUGCUGAGUACAGCCUCGAGGUGUCCAACGCGGUCGACCUGAGGGAGAUGGCGGCUUACUCACCGCACCGGCCGCGACCGGAGCUGCGGCAGGCCGGGCUGAAAGACAUGGCGCUUGCGGUGAUGGGGGUGCGCAUCGCGAAGUCACGGGAGGUGACGAGCAACUGGGACGCGCCAUUGCUGUCGAUGGAGCAGGUCGAGUAUGCCAGCAUCAACGCCUACGUCUCCUUCGAAAUCGGUCGCCUGCUGCUCACUGGUAAUUAG